AACGGGCCGUUGUACACCGGUAAUGAUGAGGAGGAGUUCCUCUAAAACUCCACAACCAACCUUAAACCCCACCCAUUUUGCCUCCGGGACUGUUUGGAAACCGUCGGUGAAAAGCAAUUUAUAGGCAAAUACCAUCUCCUUCAAAAAUGGGGAAAAAGGCAAAGACCCAUCCCAUCGGUACGGCCGCCACACUUGUCAGCGGCUGAAAUCUGGGAUUUUGGGAUUCCAGACCAGUCCCUGAUGGGUCCCAUCUGAGCAGAGGGGAAGAUCUUUAUUAAUUGACUGUAAUUAAUGAAAAUCGAGGAUUCUUAAUAUUCGCAGGGAAUUCGGAAAAAUUGAAGCUUAAGCGGGAAAAUAAAUUCAUGGAAUGGAGAGGGGCAUUAGCUACUGGAUUAUAACUGUGAUAUUAACUGUGAAAUUUCUUCUUCCGCAUCUCUUUGCCUGCGUUCCGUGGCAAAUUUGCUGGAUCGGGGCCUUCUGCAGCCGGUUGUUUCACUAGUGGUUCAAGAAACCAAGAAAGUUAGUUAUACUUGUUAUUUUGCUGAUUUGAAGACAACAGAUGAAAAACCGACAAAUUUCGUAACUGGCUUUCUCUAACAGUAAAGGCAGCCAUGUUUCAGGUUUGUGAGAUUUGUGGUGAUGCAGGCUUUGCAGAAAUGCUAUUUAUUUGCAAUCAGUGCAGGGGUGCUGAGCAUCUCUAUUGCAUGUCGAAGCAGCCUGAUUCCGAUGGGGAGGCUUGUUGGUCUUGUGAGACAUGCAAGUUGAAGCAAGAAACAAUACAAGGGACAGUUAUCUCCUCAUUGUAUUCUGAAAUUGAGCAAUCACAAGAAAAAUUAAGUAAGUGUCAAAGGGAAUGCCAAGAUUCGCAUCCAGCUAUCAAGAAGCAAGCACUUGAAGGAUCUAACGGUACUGAUUCUCCUAACAAAAAGCAAGAACUUGACGAUUUUGAUGGUACCAAGUCUGUAACAGCUAGCAAGAAGAAAGCAAUUGAGAGUUCUAAUAAAACUGAUUCUCUUCCAAAACACAGAGAGAAAACACAUCGGAGUUAUACUGGUAUUGAAUCUCUUUCUAUUAACAAGAAACAAAAUGUUAUUAACAAUAAACAAAAUAUUGAGAGUUGUAAUGGUAUUGAUUCUCCAACAAAUAACAAUAAGCAAGCACUUGAUAGUUCUAAUGGUACUGAAUCUCUUUCAACUAGCAAGAAGCACACAUUUAAGAGUUCUAAUCAUACUGAUUCUCUUCCAGCUAGCAAGAUGCAAGAACUUGAGAGUUCUGAUGGUACUGAUGCUCUUCGACUUAGCAAUAAGCAUGAAUUUGAGAGUUCUAAUGUUACUGAUUUUCCACAAAGAAGGAAAACGCAAGUACUUAAGAAUUCUAAUGGCACUGGUUUUUCAGUAAUGAGAAAAAGGCAAGUAGUUGAGAGUUCUGAUGGUACUUAUUCUCUUCCAUUUGGUAAGAAGCAAGAACUUGAGAUUUCUAAGGGCACCAAUUCUCUUGCGUUCAGUAAGAAUCAAGAACUUCAAAAUUCUAAGUGUUCCAAUCACACUGAUUCUCUUCUUAUUAGCAAGAAGGAAGUGGUUAAGAGUUCUUUUAGUACAGACUCUCCUACAGCUAGUGAUAAGCAAACACCUGAGAGUUCAAAUUGUACUGAUUUUCUUCCAGUUAGAAAGAAGCGAGUAUUUGAGAAUUUCAAAGGUACUGAUUCUCUUCCUGCUAGCAAGAAACAGGCACUUAGGAGUUCUAAUGGUGCUGACUCUCUUCCAGCCAGGAAGAAGCAAGCAACUGAGAGUUCUAAUGGUACUGAUUUGUCGAAAGAGAGCUCUGAGAAUAAAUCAAGUUCUAGACAAUUACCUGGCUCGAAGGAACAGAUGGUUACAGCUCCUGUGUCAUCUGGAUCAAAGAGUGCUAUGGUAGACAAAUCAUGGGAUUCUUCCUGCCCAAAUGCUUUGGAUUCAGAAAAAAAACCCUUAAGUAGCAAGGAGAUUGGCAGUGGAUGCGAGCAGUCAUCAUUACACAGCAAGUUGUCUAAAUCAAAAAUUACAGUGGAAUGUAAAAUGGAACUUGAGAAAUUAGUGCCAGCUGAUAGCAUCAAAGAAUUGGAAUCAAACAAAGAUGGCUCAAAAUUGGCAAAUAAGGUGUUGGAGAAGCACAAAUUAUCAAAAAUGCCAGAAUCUUUAUCAUCUAUGGAAGUGGAUAUGGUGUGUAGCAGGGGUGCAUUAACAAAGGGGGAUUCUUCAGGUUAUGGUGCGGUUUCUGCUGGGGUAACUAAUGAUCGUAAAGAAAUAGAUCAAAGCUUAAUUGGCAAGUCAACAGUUGACGAUACAAUUACCGUAAAUGAAAGAAACUAUGAGAUCAAUAAUAGAAGUAUUGAAAGGAAUUCUAUAUCCCAAGACAGGGACAAAAGGAAGCUAAAUGUAAAUGUAGUUUCUUGCAACAAUCACUCUCUGAGAUCCCUAACUGAGUAUGAUAGAGAAAAGAUUGGUCACUCCAUGAUAAACUUUUCAGAAAUAAAUGUAUCAUCUUCAUCAGAAUUAGAGAAUCGAUCCUUUAAUACAUGUGAAAGAGGUUACAAUAAAGGGAACAUGCUAUCAUAUACAAACUACUCUAGUGGAACUUCCCUUCCACAGCAGCUACAACUUGCAAUGCCCCAAUCUCUGAUAUUAUGGAAGGGUACUUUCAAAGUUGUUGAUAUUGCCUGUGGACAUGCCAUUUAUGGUGGGAUGCAAGCACAUCCAUCAACUACUGCAUCAGAAAAAGUAUAUGAAAUGUCAGAACAAUUUGGUUCACAACUGUACCUGGAGCAAGUUCAUCGUGCUGAGGCAUGGCCAAAACGCUUUGAGCAUUCUCCACCCACAGAUGACAACGUGGGUCUCUACUUCUUUCCAGAAGAUGGAAGGAGUGAAUGGUCAUUUGCAACGCUUGUGGAAUACAUAAACAAUCAUGAUCUGGCCAUGAGAAUGCAUUUGGAUGGUGCAGAACUGCUUAUCUUUUCAUCUAUUCAAUUGCCCAAAUAUGUUCAGAGAAUAUUUGGCAAGUUUUAUCUCUGGGGGGUGUUUCGUCGUGCUGAGAAAUCCACGAUUGGUCAUAAAUUACGAGAGACAUCUAUGCAACAUGAUCAUGUCAGGGCUGAUAUGGCCAAUUCAGUUGCUCCUUCAAGAAGCAACAACAGUGAUUCAGAUACUAGUGUAGUAGAGAUUCCAAAUGUGCAUAAAAAUGGGGUGAAAGGGAAAAUGGACUUUGAAAUGGAAGGCGAAAAAGAUGAUGCCAUAUCUGAGAGGCAAUUAAGAAGAAUGGAUUCUCAGCCAGCAGGAUCGCCGCCCGUGCAUAUCUCUCCACUGUCUUUGCCAUUAGAUUCAGAAGUUAAGCAUAUUCGGGCUUCUGGGAUAAAAGCAAAUGAUACUAAUGCUAGUGGAUGUGCAUUAUAUGGGCAAGAUCAGUCGUUACAGGGGAUCAGAUCCAAGGUGAACUCUGAAAAUUGUACCGAAGAGGCAUCUAGAAGAUAUUCUGGGAAACAAAUUGAUCAGUCUCGUGAACGGUACCAUUGGAGUGGCAUUGAAAAGGUAGAUGGUCAAUCUGUGUUUAAUUCGUCGGAUCCACAUACUUCACAUAGGCAUUAUUCUGGAAAGUCACGAAAGUCCAUGCAUGAGAGAAGUAAUGAACAUCACAGCCAUGAAGAGCUGAAUAUUGGAGAAUCAACCACUAGAUUUGGAGCAUCAAAUAGAAUCCCUAGUCUGGAAGAAAAGGAUGAAAUUGAACUACAUACAUUACAGCCACAGGCUACAAAUAUAAAACCUGGGUUUGCCCCUGCCUCAUGUCGAACAGAUUGUAAUUCUCAGCCAUCCUCGUCAGAUCAUCUACAUGAGAAGCGAGGAUUCAUGCACUUUCAGGUUGAAUCUAAUGCAAAUGCUGGUGCAAAAAACCAAAAAGAUCUGAGAGAUCAGUGUCAUGUUUUAUCAACAGGGAGUCGACUUGAUGGGCUUCAUAAGUCUCAUCAAUCAUCUCUAUCAUCUGGUGACAGUGACAGUUCUUAUGGAAACAAAGGCCGCUCACUCUCUCAACCUCCUGCUCAGAGGAAAAUUUACAAGUACGAGGAUGUAAAUAGAUUUAGUAGGAGUCAAAGCUUUAAAGAUCACAUUGGCGUUCAAACUAAGAGAUAUAAUGAAGAGAAGGACAGAAGAAACAAAGAUACCAAAUUGGGAAUGAAAAGCUAUAGAGAGAGAAGCCAUAGGCAUUGGCAAACAGAAGAUGGAAGAAGACACGUACACAUGGAAAAUUGUAGAAGUUCUGUUAUAAAUUAUAGAGUCAACUCGUCUGAUUCCUAUUCCAAUAAAGGUUACAUGGUUGAAGAAACAUCAAUGCACAGAGACGCCUCAAGCUACUCGCAUGAAAAAACGACCUUGCACCGAUGGUCCUCAAACAACCAACAAAUCCAAAUCAAAACUUGUGUGGACAAGGACAUGGCCGGUAAUCUUAAGUCUGUAAAACAUGGACUAUCUUCCAUUAAGAGAACGCAAGGUGAAACAAUUUUGCUAGAUGUCGAAAAGGAUUGUAGUGUUAUUCAAUUGGGAGAAGCCUCAGAUCAGUACCAGGUGGUUAAAGAUCAACAGUCAUUCACUCCAUUGCACAGUGCAACUGAUGAAGCUGCAGAAAACAACACUGUUUCUGAGAUUUUAAAUGCUGCAACUCCUCCAGAAUCUCCAGGACAGAUUUAUCCUGGGGAGACCGUUCCUCGAAUUUUGGAAGCUGAUUUACCAGUAACAGUAAACUCAAGUACUGAACAUACAACUACAUUGGCAUUGGAUCAGAAUCCCUUAUUAAGCCAUGCCAGCUGGUAUGCUGAUUCUAGUACAGACCAAGCCGAUCAAGAACCUGGGAAAUGCCUUAAACUUUUUCCACUAGAGGAGGAGAAUCUUGGGGCAACAAAAAAUAUUGUUAAGGAAUGGGACAUCAACCUGGACUUGAGUCUUGGAAGGAGUAGUUUGAAAAAUGUUUUGAAAGUGGCAGAUAGACAAGUUUGUCCGAAUAAGUCAAAUUUAGAGGGUCCAGAUGUGCAUUCCUGUUUGGGUGUUUCAUUGCCACUAGAAAAAAGAAAAGAAACGUAUUACUUGAAUUGACAUGGAAAUUUGAUGUCAAAGUUUUGGAUGUAAAUUUAUUCAAGCUUCUGGCAGAAAAUUAAUCUUUUGUAU